AUGGCAACAAAUGCUCCAUCUGACAAUAAUGCAUUCGCAUGCAAUAGCAGCAUUGAAAAUUUUAUUCUAAUUUGGCUUGAUGCUGAUGUAAAUAGAACGGAAGAAAAUUUCAAUGCACAAAAAGAAUUACGUACCAUCAUCAAUAAUAUUCAGACAUUCGAAAUUAUUGAUCAAUGUGAAGAAUACAUCAAAGGUCAAAUGAAUCAAUAUCAAUUUAUUGUCAUCGUAAGCGGACGACUCGGUCAAGAAUUAGUGCCUCGUAUUCAUGAAUUUUCUCAAGUUUUGGCAAUCUAUGUUUUCUGCAUGGAUCAAGAAAAGAAUUUAACAUGGGCACGAAACUUUAACAAAGUAGAGUAA